AUAAUUAAUAAAAAAAGAUGCAUUGAAUCUCGUAUAUUAAACGAAAAUUCAACUACAUGUGGAUAGUGUUGCUAUUGACAAUCGUUUUAAAGAUUUUUCUGAAAAAACUGCGACGAUUUAAUCAAGUAGUAAUAGAAACAACGAAUCGAACUUUUACCUGUUCUUGAAUAUCGAUUUGCUUCUGUGAGAAAUAUAUCAUCGAUUCGGUUUCUAAAGAAGUGGAAAAUCUUAGUUGAAAGUUGUUUUGAAGAAAGAAGAAAUUAUUAACAAAAAAAAAGUUUUGUGAAUAAAAAAGUUUCUAAUGUGAAAAGUAAAUUGUUGAUUGUGAUAACUGGUUCUCAAAAAAACGUGUCAAAAAAAGGUGAAUUAAUUAAUAGGAAGAAUGUGAAUAAAUGGCCGUGAUAGGAUCUUGGUAUCCUUUGAACGACCUACUAUGGGCAUCUGCCUGGACACUGACCAACAAAAUGGAUCACAGAUGUUCGAGGAAGUUGAUGCUCGAAGCGCAGGAAAAUGGCGAGGAGAGGCUGGCCUCUUAUCAACUCCUCCAAACGGAUAUUUUCCGCAACAGAACAUUGGUUCGGUUAAAUUCGAAGUUCCAAAAGUACCUGUUAUAUUUGUACUUGGUGGACCCGGUAGUGGAAAGGUGACACAUUGUGAUAAUUUAAUGCAAGAGAAAAAGGGCAUAACACACAUCAAUAUGAUGGAUCUUCUUCAACAGUAUGCUUUAGGAAAUGAUAUGCAAGAUUUCGGACAACUUAGCAGUAAAACCGUCGCAGAAGUUCUUAUGCUAGAAAUAAAAAUGUCUCCAGAGUCCAAAGUCUUUCUUGUUAGUGGUUAUCCACGUAAUAUGCGCGAUGUAGUCGAAUAUGCCGAGAAAAUCAAAAUUGUCAAUGGUGUAAUUCUUGUAUCCUGGAGACAAGAGAUUCUUGAAAGACAAAUCAAUUUUGGAGCACAGCUCGGACAAGUAGUAAUCGAACUUGCAAGGAUGGAACUUUAUAAUUUUUAUAGGAAUGUUAUGCCCGUCGCGGAAUAUUUCGAUCAAAGUGGUAUGUUAUUAGAGGUAAAUGGAGAAAGAAAUCCAAAUGAGGUUUAUAUGGAUUUUCGUGAGGCAGUUUUCAAAAUUUUAGGUUUAUCAAGUGGUAAAGUACGAGAUAAAAACAUCCCUCAAUUAGAAGCAGAAGUAGAAGUUGAAAGAAGAAAAGAAUCUAUUCCAAAAUCACUAUCUUCUAAGAAGGAAAUGGUAUCACAAAUAACGCAAUUACCUAUCACUGUGAAUGCCAAACCUACGAAAACCGUAGAUAAACCUAGAAAAGAAUUACCUGCGUUCAUCUGGGUUAUAGGUGGUCCAGGAAGCAAUAAAGAAAAUCUAUGCACUCAAGCUGUUCGUAAUAUGCCAGGCUGGGUUCAAGUUAGUAUUGGUGGUUUAUUGAGAACAAUGGCAUCCUCCAAUACCAUUGUCAACGAAGCUAUUGUUUCUGGAGAAAUGGUAUCACAAGACAUCGUGAUGCAAGUAGUAGAACAACAGAUUAUUUUAAAUCGAGACACAGAUGGUAUAGUAAUAGACGGUUAUCCGAGAGAUUUAAAUCAAGUCCACGAAUUCGAGGAUAAGUUUGACCAGCAACCACCGUUAGUGUUACUGGAUUGUUCAAAACUGCAACUCGGCAGAGGAAGACUGGAUGAUAAUGUAUCUGCAUUUAGAAAGAGAUUAGAAUUCUUCCGCGAGGUAUCUUUGCCUAUGUUAAAAGCUUUAGAUAAUGAGAAUCGCUUAACGAUUAUUGAUGGCGAUACCGAUGUAUCAAGUGUGCAACAAGAAUUUGCAACUGCACUUUAUCAAUUAAUGACACAAACAUAUCGCAAAAAAGAAAAUGAUCCACAUGGUUCUGAGUCGCAGAUACAAGAUAAUGAAAAUAGUAUAAAAUCAAAUUUACUAAUUUCUAACAAUAGGAAUGAAUCAAUCAUACCAAAUGGUAUUUCUAAACAAAUAAUUGAUAGUAAAUCAAAUAUGAAGAAACCAACCAACAUUAUAAAAAAUAUGAAUGGGCAUAUAUAUGGGGCACCACGAAUUACAAAUAGAUUAAAGAAUAGUAUGAGACAUGCUCAAAGAAAUGGUGUUGAAUAUGUGCAAAAUGGUAUCGCGAAUGGCGCUGCACACAUGCUACAAAAUGGCGUAACACAUUUGGCCAAUGGAAUUGUGCCGAGCAAUAACAAGAUUGCACCGGCAAUUCAAAAUUAUUUACCAAAUAAUAUAACAGAUGCUGUGAGAAAAAUGUACAAUGAGGUCGAAGGUUAUCAACAAAAUUUACACAUGUAAAACUGUAAAAAUCAUCGUUCAAAUGAAAAGAAAAAAAAAUAUUUUUAAUAUCGUCCUAUCUUUUUAUAAAUUAAAUCGAUCAUAUAAAUAUUCACGAAAUUAAAUUAAUUC